GUGCAAUGAAUGUGGAAAAUCUUUUAUCUGUAGAAGUGGCCUCCGUUACCAUGAGAUGAGAGUUCACACUGGAGAAAAGGUUUAUGAGUGCAAUGAAUGUGGAAAUUAUUUUACCUGUAGUAGUAGCCUCCGUUAUCAUCAGAUGAGAGUUCACACUGGAGAAAGGCCUCAUAAGUGCAAUGAAUGUGGGCAAUCUUUUGUCAGUAGUAGUCGCUUACGUAAUCAUCAGAGAUUGCACACUGGAGAAAAGCCUUAUAAGUGCAAUGAAUGUGAGAAAUCUUUUAACAGUAUUUCUUAUCUUCACUGUCAUCAGAGAAUUCACACUGGAGAACGUCCUUAUAAGUGCAAUGAAUGUCAGAAAUCUUUUGACACUACCUAUCAACUUCGUUAUCAUCAGAGAGUUCACACUGGAGAAAACCCUUAUGAGUGCAGGGAAUGUGGGACAUCAUUUACUGAGAAAUAUGCCUUCCAUUGUCAUCAGAGAAUUCACACUGGAGAAAGGCCUUAUGAGUGCAAUGAAUGUGGGAAAUCUUUUAUCCUUGGUAGUAACUUGCGUCGUCAUCAGAGAGUUCACACUGGAGAAAAGCCUUAUGAGUGUGGUGAGUGUGGGAAGUCUUUUACCACCAAAUAUUGCCUUGGUUCUCAUCAGAAAAUUCACUCUAGAGAAAGGCCUAAUGACUGUAGUUAAUAUGGGAAAUCUUUUAUCCAAACUUUAAACGCUACUCCCUACAGAAGAGUUCACAUUGGAGGAAGGUCUUGAUAUGCAAGAAAUAUAGAUUUUUUUUGUUCAACCGUAACAGUAAUAUAAGAAAUUCCUGAAGCCCUAUUUGUCUGAACUGAAUCUCAUACACUGCAACGUCAAG